CAUCACCUGAUGAGUAUGGGGCCGCAUCUUCCUCUUCCUGACUCAGUCUCUUUCCACCUCGGGUUGCGUCACCAUCUCCUCCACGAUGCUUUCCUUCAUCCCUUUGAUUCCCCUCUUUGUUCUGUCCUUCCCUCCCUCUGUCUCAUCACUAACUUGUCUGCCGAAUCAAUACCUUUGGCCUCAAAAGUCCCCGAGUUUGUGCUGCGACAAGUGUCCGCCAGGGCAACGCAUGCUCCGCCGCAGCGAAACCACAUGUUUGAUCCAGUGUGAAGCCUGCACCACCGGCUUGUACACAGACAAAUACAACACUGAAAUGAGCUGCAGUGUUUGUCGGCGCUGCAAUAAACCAAAUAUGGAGUAUGGAUCCCAGUGCUCCUCCACCCGCGGCGCUGUGUGCACAUGCAAACAUGGACACAAAUGCAAAGACCCAUCCUGCUCAUGGUGCGUAGCAGCCGAGCUAUCCAAGCCUCACAUCAUAACUACAGCUGCACAGCCCGGUGAUAUGGCCACAACCAACGCACUGAUGGCGACCUCGACAAUCACAGUUUCCAUCUCGCAGCCCCAUGAAACAUGGUGGCAUCUGGUGAUCGUCCUCCUUUUUGGCUUGGGAGUUACCGUUUUCAUCUCCAUCAAAAUCCAACCACUCAUGUGCUGGCUCAAGUCUCAGUGCCGACCAUCCACACGGAGAAAACCCGUGGGCCAGUGUCCCGUGGAGGACGACAACCUGUCCCUGCCCAUCCAGGAGAUGGGUGAUGCAUCGAGAAGUAUAUGCUUGACUACUGUCAAGUAACGAUCGCAUGGUCAAACCAAAUGUAAAUAUACUGAGCAGACUGUGGCACAGUUCGGACCGGGUUAGGGUUACCUAGGGACGCAGGGGGAAAUCCCUUCCGCGUGGGCAACGGAAAAGCCAGCGAGGCAUAGAAUCCCUGCUAGCUUGAAAACAGCCUGUCAAAGAGCAAGGCUAAGACGCUAAUCUUGGAUCAGGGUGAUGUUUUUAAAAUUGGUGAAGCUCCUGCACGUUUGUUGGGCCACACUUGGCCCCUUGACCUCGGGUUGAUCAAGAACCAGCUUCUGGGUGGAGCCGAAAGUCACAAAUUCCUCAGUCAUUUGUCGCAAUAAAAAAACACACACGGAAACGCUCAGACUGAAAAUGUGACAAGUGUUUGUGGGAGACUUGUUGUAAUUCCACGCCCAUCACUUCUGUAUGACUCAGAAAUGGUGAGCCAUAUCAUCAUGAAAGCCACCUCAACUGCUGGUUUGUUGGUUCCUCUCUUUUGGAGUUUCGGGAGUUAGAAGUGCUGCAUGUACAGUCUGUAACUCUAUGAAGCUGUGUGUUCAGCGUUUUGCACGGCACGUGCGUUGUGCGGGAAAUGUGAAAGCCAAUGUUGGACUCCUCAAGAUUAAAUGUGCUAUUUAGUUAUUUGUGGAUGCACAAAUCUUUAUUUGGGAAACCCCCUCUCAACUCUGUGUGUGUGUGUGUAUGGAAAACCGUGACUCACCCAGAUGCAGACGAGCUUCAGAGAUCAGAGGCAGCAAGUUGGCAUUGCUCCACAGUUUCUUCUCAAAUUAAAGGAUAUAAAAGUAGUUUUGGUUUCAGUUUUGCGCUCGGGUCUGUGGAGUUUCUCUGGCAGCUGAGUUCAGGGUGCUGAGUUCUCGCAUUUCCAAAAACAAAUCCAGUAAUGUUGUGCUACUAAAGGGGAUAAAGGUCAAACC